CGCGGAGGAGGGUUUGAAUGGUGGCGGCUAAUAGAGUAACUCCGGGCUGGGCCAACUCGCUCAUGGAGCCCGCUCUGAAAGGUAUUUUUGCAUUUGUAGACGUUUGGUCAUCUAACAGAACAGAAAAUUACUCAGAAACCUUUGAACAGCAACUUCUUGAUAUGGGAGCAAAAGUUUCAAAAACUUUGAACAAGAAUGUUACCCAUGUAGUCUUCAAGGACGGACACUUAGGUACAUGGAAGAAAGCACAGAAGAUGGGUGUAAAAAUGGUUUCUGUACUUUGGGUGAAGAACUGUCGAGAAACUGGAGUACGUGUUGAUGAAUCCUUAUUUCCAGCAGUAGACACCAAUGAAGGAUUACCACUUAUGACCAAAAAACACAAAUGUAUGCAGCCAAAAGACUAUGUUGAAAAAACUCCAGAAAAUCAUAGAAAGCUACAGAGACGACUGGACCAAAUGGCUAAAGAAUUAGCAGUGCAAAAGAUAGCUAUUAAUGCUGAAAAUGAUGUACCAGUUUUACUAUUUGAAGACAAUGGUUCACUUGUAUACAGCCCUGUUAAUAAGAUAAAAGAUCAAUGCAGUGCAAUGGAAAGAAGAAUAAAGGAGAUGAAAGAAAAAAGAGAAAAUCUUUCUCCUACUGCUUCACAAAUGUCUCAAGUACUUUCAAGUAAUUCACCAGAACACUGCCAGCCAUCUACUUGUGUCUUAACUAAUUCAGAAGAUGCAUUAUCACCAGGACAACAAAAGGGAGACUGCUUGAACUCAAGCUAUGAUUGUCUUUGGGGAACUGAUAAAUUAAUGAGACUAAAAACAGAAGUAGUAAAACAUUCCUGUGAUACUGAGACUGAUACUCCUGUAUCUAUGGGUGCACCAGGGAACUCUUCCUCACGUAACUAUGAACAGGAAAGCUUAACACCAAAACAACAUGACAGAAGCAGCUUAAGAAGGAAACGGAUUUUGCAUCACACUUUGGAUGAUAAAUCAUCUUUAGAAAGGAAAGAUCUAAAAAUGUUUCCAAAGAAAAAUCAGAAGGAUGAAAAUAGCAUGACUACUUCAUUGGCAAAUGAGAGCUCUCUUCUUCAAAUCAAGGGCUUGGGUCAUACUACUCCUUCCAAAACAGUAGUCCAGUUAAACACUGUUCCAUCUUUGACUGACAAUCUCCCUGAUGCACCUACUUACAGAGAAGACUUAAAUACAUUUUCACUGAAUAAAAGCUUCCUGGGUGAUAGAAAUUACUGUGUUCUUGAACGUAAGAGAAAGAAACAACAAAUACCUCCUAGUUUGAAACUGGCUACCUCAGAACUGGGUGCAUCAGGGCCUAAAGAAUUCUUGCAAGUAGCUACUUCAUAUAGCAAGUCUUUCUCUGCUGAAGAUGCUUCUUAUGAAGACUUCUUUUCAUCAUCUAAUCUGAAUGAAAAUGAAGCACCUGUGCGAGUAGCAAAGGAAUCAAACAAUCCUCCUGAAGUUUCUUGCAAAGACUCUUUUACAAGAAUGGACUCACUUGAUGUGAGUUUCUCCAAGCCACAUAAUUCUACUUCCAGGAAAAGUCAGGAAAAGUCAGUUGCAGCAAAUGAUGUUUCAGUAACAAAAAGCUUUGAACUGAUUGAAUAUACUGGAAGUGUGCCAUUAAAUAAUAUGUCAGAUGGUGAGAAAGCUGAGUCUGCAGAAGCUCUAGAUUCUGAUGAUGUGAAUAGGCUGCCUCAGCAUGCUCAUGGAAACUCCUACAGAAACAAUGUGAAUUACUGUACUGGUGCCACUGGUAAUGAAAAUGAAGUUUCAGAGUGUCAUGUUACUGAUGGCUCUUGUGAAGAUUUUAGUGAACAAAAGAAUAAACACUAUGGGGGGUUAAGGAAAACUAGAAGACUCCAAAAGCCAACAAGGACACUAGUUAUGACAAGUAUGUCUUCUGAGAAACAAAGUACAGUCAUUCAAGUGGUGAAUAAACUUGGAGAUUUUUUGUUCUCAGAUGAUGUGUGUGAAACAACAAGUCAUGUAGUUACAGGGAGUCCUCGUCGUACCUUGAAUGUUAUGCUGGGAAUUGCUCGUGGGUGUUGGAUUGUUUCUUAUGAAUGGGUUCUGUGGUCUUUGGAAUUGGGCCACUGGGUUUCAGAGGAACCAUACGAGCUUUCAUCCAGCUUCCCUGCAGCUCCCAUCUGCAGGCUUGAGCGUCAACUCUCAACAGGAAAAUACCAGCAGAAUCUCUUUUCAAACCAGCCUGUGAUGUUUGUAUCUCCUGCCAGUCAGCCACCCUGCAAAAAGCUAACUGAACUUAUACAGCUCUCAGGAGGAAAAACAUGUAAAGCCUUACGGCAGGCACAAAUCUGCAUAGGAAAAAAAACAGGAAAGAAGUACGAUGAAAUAAAAUGCUUAUCAGAAAAAUGGAUAUUAGAUUCAAUCACUCAGCAUACAAUAUGUCCCAUGGAAAACUACAUUUUUCAGCUGUGA